AUGAUUGUCCCAUCGCAAAGCUAUGGCAUGAAAAAAAGUUUCUUUCAUCGACGCUCGGAUCAGCUGAUGCAGAACGAAUGUGGCACACCGCAAACAUCUCAGAACACGUUACAGAAGCGCAUAAUUGGAGGACGUACGGCGAACUUUGCGGAGUAUCCCUGGCAAGCCCACAUUCGAAUAGCGGAAUAUCAGUGCGGUGGAGUUCUCGUAUCUCGUCGGUUCGUAGCCACGGCUGCGCACUGCAUACAACAGGCCCGUUUGAAAGACAUCCUGAUAUAUCUCGGUGAACUGGACACACAGAAUUCGGGUAAAAUUGAUGAACCUUUGCCGGCGGAAAAGCAUCGCGUGGAGUUGAAGAUCGUCCAUCCGAAGUUUAUCUUCCGUAUGACGCAACCUGAUCGGUACGAUCUGGCGCUUCUCAAACUUACCCGCCCGGCCGGCUAUAAAUCACACAUACUGCCCAUAUGCCUACCAAUGCGUCCGCUGGAGUUGGUUGGUCGGAAGGGUAUCAUUGCUGGAUGGGGAAAAACCAAUGCCAACAUGGGCCAAACAGGAACAAACAUCUUACGAACGGCGGCCGUUCCUAUCAUUAGUGAGAUACUAAGAAGUACAAAAGAAUGUUUGCGAUGGCACAGCAGCAAAAAGAUCAACGUGGAACUGUUCAAUGAGAUGUUCUGUGCUGGCCAUUCUGAUGGUCAUCAGGACGCUUGUUUGGGAGAUUCAGGUGGACCGCUGAUCAUCAACGAUCGUGGACGGUACACGCUGAUCGGUAUUACCAGUGCCGGAUUUGGUUGUGGUGUUGACCACCAGCCAGGCAUCUACCACAAUGUGCAGAAGACUAUCAAAUGGAUACAGAGCGUAAUAUACACGUAA